AUGGAAUCACCCGGAUUGGACGGGAUUUACGACCCCCCCAACGUCUCGGAUGAUUCCAAGCUUAGCCAGCACACCAGGGAUCAGCUCUUCGGACAGCUACAGGGUGAUCCACCCAGCAUACGCUCUGAAUUCGUGGACGCCGAGCAACGACAACCCAGCAGACGCCACGUGGUCGUGGAACGAGAUCGGCCACUACAGCAACGAGCACCAUCCGACGAGUGUACCUCACCACCAUCGCAGGCCAUGUGGUCUCCACAGCAGCAGCAGAACCUGAUGGAGGGUAUGGCCCAAAUCAGCCGAGUAGCCGUGCAACUAGGAGAGUUCACACCGGAGGACCCUGAACUCUUCUUCGGCAUCGCCGACCACAGUUUUCACGCAGCCGGGAUCACUUCCGAAUCAACAAAGUUCGGCCAUAUCUGCGGGAAGCUCUCCAGGUCAAGGUACGCCACCGACGUGAGGGAUAUCAUCCUGAACCCUCCGGCGGACAACCCCUACACUUAUUUAAAGACGGAGCUCAUAAAGCGCCUGAGCUCUUCGCAGGAGGAAAAGAUCCGGAUGCUGCUAGAAAGCGCAGAAAUUGGAGACAUGAGGCCGUCUCAGAUUCUGCGCCACCUGAAGAGCUUAGCAGGACCCAGCUUCCCGGACGACGCUCUCCGGACACUGUGGGUCACGCGCCUUCCAGCCGACGUCCAGGUGUUAUUGGCCACCCAGCGCAAGGCCUCCCUCGACGACGCUGCAGAUCUGGCCGACAAGACCAUCCAGAUCCUGAGACCAAGGAUCCCGCCUGCUGCUCCGCAGGUCGCUGAGGCAGCGGCUCACAGCAUCGAGGCGCUUCUGAGCCUCAAGCUGUCCCAGAUGGCCCUCGACCUCGAGGGAAAACUCGGCGUCCUACAGUCGGAAAUCGAGAGCCUGAAGCGGUCCAGCAGAGGAGACGGAGGAUCCCCCCGCGGCCACAACUUCAGGCGAGAGAGGUCCAGGUCGCGCUCCACCCACCGGCAGCAGGGAACCGACCGGCUCUGCUGGUAUCACUGGAGAUUCGGCCCCGACGCCCGGCAGUGCACGAAAUCCUGCAGCUUCACCGCAGGGAAACGGAUCGGGCAGUCACUAAUGGCGGCUAGUGACUCUGCCCCAACGACGCGCCGCCUCUUCAUCACCGAUCAGGACACCAAGGUGCGGUUCCUGAUCGACACCGGAACCGAUUUGUGUGUGUUCCCACGACGUCUAGUGCGUGGGCCGCAACGCAAGUCAUCCUACGAGCUCUCGGCGGCGAACGGCAGCACCAUUGCGACGUAUGGUACGGUUUCCAUGGAUCUCAACCUGAAGCUGCGGCGGGCAUUUCCGUGGAGCUUCGUCAUCGCCGACGUCUCCAAACCCAUCAUCGGAGCAGACUUCUUGUUCCACUACGGACUCUUGGAGGACCUCCACAACGGCAGACUCGUGGACUCCAUCACCUCGCUCACCUCACCCGGGCAAGUCGAAGUGUUCGAUUUCCCGAGCAUUAAAACGGUGACAGGCAAUUCACGGUACCACGAGCUCCUUCAACAGUUCCCCAACCUCACCAGACCCGAUGGAACCGGGACAUCUCCGCGGCACGACACCAAACAUCACAUUCAGACCACACCAGGACCUCCAGUCUCCAGCAAACCACGACGUUUGGCCCCAGACCGCCUGGCCGAUGCCAAAAGAGAAUUCAGCGCCAUGGUGCAACGAGGUACAGCCCGACCUUCGAAUAGCCCAUGGUCUUCACCUCUCCACAUGGCCAAGAAGAAGACGGAUGACUGGAGACCAUGCGGAGACUACCGUGCGCUCAACGCUUGCACCGUUCCAGACCGCUACCCAGUGCGACACAUCCAGGACUUAUCGCAGGCACUCCGAGGCAAGGAGAUCUUUUCGACGAUCGACCUGGUUCGGGCGUACCACCAAAUACCGGUCGCCGAGGCGGACAUCCCGAAGACAGCAAUCACCACACCAUUCGGUAUGUACAAGUUCCCCUACAUGUCGUUCGGUCUUCGCAACGCCGCCCAGACCUUUCAACGCUUCAUUGACGAGGUACUACGGGACCUGGACUUUUCCUACGCGUACAUCGACGACAUCCUGAUAGCGUCCGAAACCCCAGAGCAACACCGGUACCAUCUGAGGACCUUAUUCGAACGCCUCCAGUCCUAUGGCCUCCUCAUCAACCCACAGAAGUGUGUGUUCGGCCAACCAGAAGUGAAGUUCCUGGGCUACCUGGUGUCCAAGGAGGGCACACGUCCAUUGCCGAAAAAAGUCUAA